UACUCACCAAUCAGAUGACAAUUUAUCUAUGAAUUCGAAUCUCAGGUUCUCCUCCACCUUUUUGAAGGACUGCUAGACUUCCGACUCAGCCAUGGAAUCAAACUCCUAUCCUCAUUUUGAACAACACAUCAAGAAGAACAUCAUCACCUGCAGUGGCGGUUGCAUUUGCAGUUGCAGAGAGUAUCGUUCUAGAUUCUUACUUGAUUUCCGUGGAAUAUUGCUAUUCAAUCUUCCAAUAUCAUUUUCACAUUCAUCGAUGUAUCUUCCUAAGAGUUCUUUGAGAUGGAGACGAUAACAAUACCUUCUCCAUCAGCAUUUCUUUCCUCCCCAGUCCUCAAACCAGCACCAGAACCACCCCCACCACCCAAAAAACGAAAGCAAUCGACUUCGAGACCAUCGACUUCUCAAUCUUCAAAGAAAGAAAGUGGUAUCAACAAACCCAAGCAAUCCAAAAGUCGGAAUGGUAAGAUCAGGGUGCCUUCAUCUUCAUAUCCCUUAUCUUUGUGAUUGAUAAGAGCUUCCGUGCCCCGCAUCAAGCUUCGCAUGCUGAUUGAAACUUCUUACAACAUAGGUUGUAUAACUUGCAAAGCAAAACGAUUAAAAUGCGAUGAAACAAAACCUUCAUGCCAGCAAUGUCAUAAAAGAAGCGUUACGUGUGGAGGAUAUAAAAAGGAUUUUAAAUGGAGGCCAUUCGAGGAAGCUACCUUCACAAACAAGCCGGCGCCGCCGGCACAGAAAAAGAGAGGUAUGUAUAAACACCAGAUUCCAGAGAAUGUCUCUAAUAUAUUUAGGUUCGAUAGCCCUGGAUAAACCAGUGGAUGAAUCUACGGCUGCAAGUCCAGUAGCUUCGGAUGGAUCGACUGGUACACCUAAUGGAAAGGAUACGCAGAUGCAGGACUCGUUCUUCAAUACCGCUGUACCUUCUCCAGCAACUUUUGAUGUUCCGACUUCACUUCCGGAGCUCCAUUCGGGGUUUUCUCCUAUGUUUGAUAUGAGCACACCUACCUUUAGUCAUGAUGGCCCUCGACGACCUCGCAUCGAGGCAGAUUCGGUCACAAGCAGUUUAAAUAGUAUGUUUGAAGACACUGGCCUGGUCACACCAACAAGAUCAAAUUUCUCGGGGCAGUCACCAAGCUUAUUAGAUCUAUUACAACCCGGAUCGGAGUUGAAUGCAAGGCCGCCAUCUGUCUCCAUGAGUCCAUCUAUUUCCAUGCCAUCCCCUAUGAUGGGUAUGACAAUGUCAAGCCCAAAUAUGGGCCAGUUUCAGAUGACGAAUGAUUCAUCUCUGGAAGAUGAUAUUGAGGAAAUCAUUCGAGAUCCUCCGUUAUCUGACGCUGAUAUGUGGCUAGCCAUGAGUCCCUUUCAACCUCUGUCAAGAUCUCCAACUGCAUCUCCUAUAAGCUUCAGUCCGAUGUAUCGACAGCCAGACGUUCCGGCCGGAAGCCCAGAAAUGCUAAUGCUUAGAUUUGACAAGCAAACAUGUGGCAUUCUAUCAGUAAAGGAUGGUCCAACUGAGAAUCCGUGGAGAACAUUAGUUUGGCCUCUGGCGCGAGAUUCCCCAGCUUUGUAUCAUGCUAUCGCAUCCAUGACUGCCUUUCAUACCUCCAAAGAAAAACCUGCUCUUCGUGUCGACGGCAUGGAACACAUGCGUCGUAGUAUUCGGUCUCUCGCUACAGGCAUAGAAAAAAUGCGCACCGAUACUGCACUCGCCACAACGCUCGUUCUUGCAUUCGCCGAGUCAUGGGAUCAGCAUAUCUCUACUGGAAUCGAGCAUCUCAGGGGUGCAAAAAUAUUGGUUAACCAAGCACUCAUCAAACACAAUAAAAGAAGCCUUGUGGGUGAUGAUUUGGCUAGAUUGAAAUUUCUUUGCAAUACUUGGGUUUAUAUGGAUGUUAUUGCAAGGUUGACAUCAAUUGACGAUGAAGAUUCUACGGAUUUUGAAAACCUUCUUUCACCGCUUAGUAACCUCUCGUCUUCCUUUUCCUCGUCUUCUGCCGAUGUCACUACAAUGUCGGAAAUCGACCCUUUGAUGGGCAGCGCUGCAACACUUUUCCCCCUGAUUGGUCGCGCUGCAAAUCUAUGUCGCAAAGUACAGAAAUCAAAAUCAAACUCCAUAGCCAUAGUAUCCCAAGCCAUGGAACUUAAGCAAGCAAUCGAACAAUGGCAACCUUCAACAUCAUUUUCAACCCCAGAAGAUCCAACCUCGGAAAUCCAACACGCCCUUCAAACAGCUGAAGCAUAUCGUUAUGCCACUCUUCUUCACUUGCAUCAAGCUGUCCCGGAAAUUCCAUCACUAACAUGUGCGGAACUGGCCAAGAAAGUCCUGGUUUUCUUAGCCACUGUACCGCUGAGUAGUCGUCUUGUCAUUGUCCAAAUAUAUCCUCUUUUAGCAGCAGGCUGUGAAGCAAAAGAUGAGGAAGAUAGAACUUGGGUUGAGGAGAGAUGGGCAAGCAUGGGAAGAAGAAUGUGGAUUGGAAAUAUCGAUCGCUGCUGGGAAGUCAUGCAAGAAGUAUGGAGAAGGAGGGAUGAAGUUACUAGACAAAAAGAACAGGAAUUGAUGAGGAAAAACGGAGGAAGAGUGGGUAUGGGUGGAAUGCAUGGUGGCUUGAGCGACAGUAUGAGAAGGUUUGACGAGGAAAUGGGUAACGCGGUCGGGAAUGGAGAGGUCUCAUUUUCUGAUUUGUUGAAUUUGAAUGAGAUGGGGAAUAGGGGGCAGAGGAGGAGAGCUUCACCUGUGAGAAAUAGACAGAGACAUAGUAUUUCGGGGCCAUCCCAGGGAGGAUUUCGAGAACUACAAGCUCAGAGACAGGCGGCGGGUCUUAUUACCGAGGAGAUGGAUCAGGAGUUGACAGUUAGAGGAAGAUUGCAUUGGGUUGGUGUUAUGAAGGAUUGGGAAUGGGAGAGUAAGUUUGAUUUCUCUGAUUUAUUUCCUUUUUGUCUAUCCUUUUCCCUGUCUAUCACGGGUAUAUCUCCAUCCAAACGCCCGCUCACAAACCCUCCCAAUCCCAUCUUAAAACAAAAGAAAUUCGUUAUCUGUACGAUAUAUAUGAUAUAAUGCUAAUGAAUGACACCAAAACUAACAGUUCUACUUGGCUAACCCACAUCCCUGUAACCAACAUCUCACACCAGUAUCAUCGGGUCUUCGAAAUCCCUGCUGCCACGCAUCAUUUGCUCUUCGCGCAGCUCGCUCGUGUCUUUCCCGUCUGUGCUCUUCUUCCAAGGCAUUUUGCAUAAACGCUUCGUAUGAAUCUGGGUCCAAAUGGUUGUCGGUUUUUCCUAAGG